AUGGAUGGCGAUACAACAAUGAACGAUGCCUCCGAUGUGGAGGUGGUGUCGCGGCUUCUGGAGCUGCCCGGUGAACUGCGCAACCACAUAUACAGCGUGAUCGUCGCCGGAGAAGAAGAUCGAGGAUUCAAGCUGCACCGCAAGCGCCGCGGCCGUUCCCAACACUCGAAACAUUCUCUGAGAGACCGUCACCCUAGUCGCCAAUUCCUCGGUCUUGCUCAGACGAACCGCCUAUUCCGCUCCGAGUUCUGGCCGCUUUACGCGAAAGCCCACCGCCCCAUGAUUAACAUCGAGGAGCUUGCCGAGUACCUUGAGGUCGUUCCGCUCUCUGACGGAGCCAUCAAUGACUCUAUCAUCACUACUCUGAAAGCCAAGAUGGUUGCGAGAAUGGGACAGCCUAUUCUGGUCGAACAAUUGAAGGACGUCCCGGAGGUGUAA